AUGAUGAAGACUUUAACUAUUGGAAAAAUUGAUGAAUUAGUAUAACUUUCAGAAGAGGAAUUUAUUAAAGCAGAAGAAGCUCUUCGAAAUACAAACAAAGGAGUGGUAUCCUUCUACUCAAUGUUUGCAAUAGCAAUUCAUAUUGUGUUAUGUGUUGAAGUUUUCAAUUAUGAAAACACCGCAUCUAAGGUUUGUUCUAUAGUUGCAAGUGCAUUUUUUAUGGUAUAGCAUUGUUACAGUGGAAGACCUGGUUGCCUUUUUAAUUUCUGUUGUACUUUACCAGUCUGUAUCACAGGUUUUGCUCUUAGCAAUGUGAAAUUAGUUAAUACUCUAGCUUUUAUUUUCUAACUAUGCAUUUGGUUAGGAGAGUAUUAUUUUUUGGUUUUACAAAUCAACGUAGAAGCAUUGUUAAAAUAACGACCAAAAGGAUAACAAGGAACCGGUGAUUAAAAUAGUGGAAAAUUAGUUAUCAAAGUUGAUGGAUUAUAAUUUUCAAACACCUAACAAUAAGAAAUAAAAAAAGAUCUUAAUGAAUUAGCUGGUUUACUACAUAAUGGAUUAUAAUAAAUCAAUCAUUAAUAAUAAUAAGAAUUAGCAGAAAAAUAGCAUAAAUAAGAUGAAAACCCAACCUAAUAAAAUUGA